CCGGGUCCCAUCGCCGUGGCAACAGCAGCCAGCCGGUGGUGUUGUGAUGUUAUGAACCUCAUGAAGGAUUCAGCGGAACCCGAGAACGCCACAACAAGGUGGUUUCUCAGAUGUUAAGACAUGAGUUUAAAUAUUUAAAGCUUUAUUUAGAAAGUCAACAGGCCGUCGUCUGACUGAUUGAUUCCCCGGCCGGCUGACACUUUGAGACGGUGCUCUCUCCAUCACCGGGCGCUGUUCCCAGUACACUGCUGAAUAAAUAAAUACCACGCAAAUGCAACCCCUGCCUCUCAUGUACUGUGUACUUUUACAAACGGAGGAUCACUGAGGCUAGAGAGAUCUAUAAGAAGGGUUUCCAAAAGGUUUAAAUAAGAUAACGCUUCAUGUUUUCAUCUGGUAACGUUCCAUCACAGCACCCUCGCAAAGUACCAAAUGGUUUGCUGCCUUUUCAAAUGAAAUACGAUUUCUUGUUCCUGUUUGCAUAACUCGUGUGUUUCAGUGAUGAGGUGUUCAAGGCUCUUCAGCCAAGGGUUUGUUGUUCUCUGUUCUGUUACCUCAAAAGAAGACUUCAGAACAAUCCAACAGAUGGCUCACCUUCUGGAGAAAUUUAGGGAGGACGUAGGAAAAUUAAUUCUAAAAAAAUCAUUCCCUCUCACUCCGUCCCCUGAUUAGAUUCUGUUUACUGUUCAGGUUUAAUGGUGGCACUGGAAUCAUUCUGGUGGCACUGGAAACAUUUAGGUUGAACUGGAAGUAUCCUGAUGGGCACUGGAAAUAUUCUGGUGGCACUGGGAACAUAACUUGGGUCACGGGACACAUUGUGGGGCCCGGUGAAGGGUUCCGUCGGUCACUGGAGAUCAGAGGGGCAGUGGAUCCGGCCGGAUGACACAGGACACCGCGGUGUUGGGUGACGUCACGGUGAUGUCACAUGGGGGUCAGAGAGCACCUUAAGGUGCUGAGCGGAGAGACAACGGGCAGAUCCUCUCCUCGACGCGCCCACGCCCGUGGAACCUGCACCACCUCUCCUCCACCUCGUCUCCACCUCUGCUCCACCUCGUCUCCACCUCGUCUCCACCUCCUCCACCUCUUCUCCGGCUCGUUGGUCUCAGCAGGAUGGAUUACCGAGGAACUGUCCGUCCCUUCGUCAACUUCAACCCAAAAUCAGAUGCCGAGUUCCUGAACAAGGCUAUGAAAGGAAUAGGAACGGACGAGGAUGCGGUGCUGAUGCUGCUGACGGCUCGUAGCAACGGCCAGCGACAGGAGAUCAAAGAGGCCUAUAAGAAGAGCUACAAGAAGGACCUGGUGAGCCAUCUGAAGUCUGAGCUGGACGGUUUGUUUGAGAGUCUGAUCGUAGCGCUGAUGACCCCCCCGGUCCUCUACGAUGCCUCGCUGCUGAACAAGGCCCUCAAGGGUGCAGGGACGAACGAUGAGGUUCUGAUCGAGGUCCUGGCGUCGCGGAGCCCAGAGCGGCUGAAGGAAGUCAUCAAGACCUACAAGAAAGAGUUUGGCAGGAAGCUGGAGAAAGACAUCAUGAGCGACACGUCGGGCCACUACGAAAAACUCCUGCUAGUCCUCCUUCAGGGGAACAGGGAAGAAGGGGUUAACGAGGGAAAGAUUGAGAAAGACGCCAAGGACCUGUUUGAGGCAGGAGCCUCCAAGGUGGGAACAGAUGAAGAGGUGUUCAUCUCCAUCCUGGGCAAGAGGAGUCAUGAACACCUGAGACUGGUGUUCGCUGCCUAUAAGAAGCUGGCCGGGACUGACAUCGAGGAGAGUAUCAAGAGCGAGACCACCGGUAACCUGGAGAACCUCAUGGUGGCCAUCGUGAAGUGCGUUCGAAGUGUUCCCGCCUAUUUCGCUGAGUCGCUUUAUGGAUCCAUGAGGCGUGCGGGGACGGACGACGGGACCCUGAUCCGGGUCAUGGUGUCCCGGAGCGAGGUGGACAUGUUGGACAUCAGAGAGUUCAUCUGCCAAACCUACAAAGUGUCGCUGUACAACACCAUCCAGGAGGACACCAAGGGGGACUAUGGGAAGGCUCUCCUCUACCUCUGUGGCGGGAACGACCGCGCCGGAGACUUCUGAUGAUGCCCCCUCUGGGAACAGGACCUGGACCGGGACUGGGACCUAGACCGGGACCAGGACCGGGACCGAGACCACCUCCUCAUCGACCCCCGUCUGUUGUCGUGGACGUCAGCCAUCGCCGGGAGUUUCAGAGCGAUGACCCCAUCACAUCUCAAGCUUCCCUCUGAACUUCCUGAGCAACACUUUAAUGAGCCCGUAUCAUCUAUACAUAUUAAAUCUAACGAUAUGAAGGAGAUUCAUGGUGUGUCUCUGGGCUCUGUCCUCGUUUUUAUCUCAUUAAAUGUCUGUUUGGUUAACGUUGACCAUCUCUAUUGAUUUCCCUAGUCACUCCUCUGCUACGUCACGUGACACUGAUGGAUGUGUGUGUGUGCAUGUGUGUGUGUGUGCGUGUGUGUCUGCAUGCUUGCACGUUAAUCGCAUGAGAAGCGGUGAGUGAAGGUGAAUUAUUAAAGUUGCCCAUGUAA